AUGGGGGUUUCAAAGAAGCUGCAAGUGGAUGGAGGCCUAGUACGACCUUCAUUGAAGCCGAUAAGCACGAAAGCCAGAGGGAAAGAGAGCCAAGACGAUGACGAGGGUGCGUAUUCCACAACCCCAACAGCAAAAGAAGCGAGAAUACCAGAGAGAUUGCCUUGCCCACCAGCCCCAAGGAAGCGCCGGCCUGCUUCAAGAUGUCACUUUGAUGGUGUUAGGGAGUUCUUUACUCCUCCUGAUUUGGAAGCAGUUUUCAAACUCCAUGUUGAGAAAGCAAACUGA